AUGGCGAGCACUUUCCUCUUCACGUCCGAGUCGGUCAACGAGGGACACCCGGACAAGCUCUGCGACCAGGUGUCGGACGCCGUGCUGGACGCCUGCCUGGAGCAGGACGAGUGGUCCAAGGUCGCGUGCGAGACCGCCUCCAAGACGGGCAUGGUCAUGUGCUUCGGCGAGAUCACCACCAAGGGCUCCAUCGACUACGAGCGCGUCAUCCGCGACGCCAUCCAGAAGAUCGGCUUCGACGCAGAGGAGAAGGGCCUCGACUACAAGACGUGCCGCGUCCUCGUCGAGCUCCACGCCCAGAGCCCCGACAUUGCACAGGGCGUCCACGAGGGCCGCACAGCCGAGGACGUUGGUGCGGGCGACCAGGGUAUCAUGUUUGGGUACGCUACCAAUGAGAGCCCUGAUUACAUGCCGCUCACGAGCUCCUUUGCCAACAAGCUCGGCUACCGCCUCACCCAGGUCCGCAAGGACGGCGUGUGCCCGUGGGUCCGCCCGGACGGAAAGACCCAGGUCACUAUGGAGUACGCCAAGUCGGACGCCGGGAAGCUCACCCCGCUCCGCGUGCACACCAUCCUCAUCUCCACGCAGCACUGCGAGGACGUGUCCAACGAGAAGAUCCGCGCAGACCUCAUGGAGAAGGUCAUCAAGAAGGUCAUCCCGGACAAGUAUCUGGACGACCGCACCAUCUACCACCUCAACCCGUCGGGCCGCUUCGUCAUCGGCGGCCCGGAGGGCGACGCCGGCCUCACCGGACGCAAGAUCAUCAUCGACACGUACGGCGGCUGGGGCGCCCACGGAGGCGGCGCCUUCUCCGGGAAGGACCCCACCAAGGUCGACCGCUCCGCCGCCUACGCGGGCCGCUGGGUCGCCAAGUCCGUCGUCGCCGCGGGCCUCGCCGACCGCUGCCUCGUCCAGGUCUCGUACGGCAUCGGCAUCGCCGAGCCGCUCUCCAUCUUUGUUGAUACCUACGGCACGGGCGCCAAGUCUGACGCCGAGAUCACCGAUAUCGUCAAGGCCAACUUUGAUCUCCGCCCGGGCCAUAUCAUCCGCGAGCUCGACCUGCUCCGCCCCAUCUACUCGAAGACCGCCGCCUACGGACACUUUGGACGCGACGACUCCGACUUCACCUGGGAGAAACCCAAGACGCUCAAGUUUUAGAGGCUUGCCGCCGUUUCCUUUUUCUCAUGCAGGCUCUACGGUUUUUUUUGUCGUUUUGCUCGCGCUUUUGCUUGCUAAAAGUCUUAUCCCGGGCGUGUAGCCUGCCCGCGUGAUUCUCGAAGAGAGCCUGUUUUCCCCUUUUGUCCCUGUCCACCCCCGUUUUUCUGUCGUCGCCUUUCUCGAAAAAGUAAAAAGACUGUCGACAUCUACUACUA